AUGAUGUGGGGUGCAGGCAGCCCCCUGGCCUGGCUCUCUGCUGGCUCAGGAAACGUGAAUGUGAGCAGCGUGGGCUCAGCAGAGGGGCCCACAGGCCCAGGCGCACCGCUACCCUCACCCAAGGCCUGGGAUGUGGUGCUGUGCAUCUCAGGCACCCUGGUGUCCUGUGAGAACGCGCUGGUGGUGGCCAUCAUUGUGGGCACUCCCACCUUCCGCGCCCCCAUGUUCCUGCUGGUGGGCAGCCUGGCCGUGGCCGACCUGCUGGCAGGCCUGGGCCUGGUCCUGCACUUUGCUGCUGUGUUCUGCAUUGGCUCGGCGGAGAUGAGCCUGGUGCUGGUUGGUGUGCUGGCGAUGGCCUUCACCGCCAGUGUCGGCGGCCUACUCGCCAUCACCGUCGAUCGCUACCUUUCUCUGUACAAUGCCCUCACCUACUAUUCAGAGACAACGGUGACUCGGACUUAUGUGAUGCUGGCCCUAGUGUGGGGGGGCGCCCUGGGUCUGGGGCUGCUGCCUGUGCUGGCCUGGAACUGUCUGGAUGCCCGGGCCACCUGUGGCGUGGUAUAUCCACUCUCCAAGAACCAUCUGGUGGUCCUGGCCAUUGCCUUCUUCAUGGUGUUUGGCAUCAUGUUGCAGCUCUAUGCCCAGAUCUGCCGCAUCGUCUGCCGCCAUGCCCAGCAGAUUGCCCUCCAGCGGCAUCUGCUGCCCGCCUCCCACUACGUGGCCACCCGAAAAGGCAUCGCCACACUGGCCGUGGUGCUUGGCGCCUUUGCUGCCUGUUGGCUGCCCUUCACUGUCUACUGCCUGCUGGGCGAUGCCCAUUCCCCACCCCUCUACACCUAUCUCACCCUGCUCCCUGCGACCUAUAACUCCAUGAUCAACCCCAUCAUCUACGCCUUCCGCAACCAGGACGUGCAGAAGGUGCUGUGGGCCAUCUGCUGCUGUUGCUCCUCUUCCAAGAUCCCCUUCCGAUCCCGUUCCCCCAGUGAUGUCUAG